UGGUUAGAGCAGAGUGUGUCGUAACGUUAGACUGUGUGGUGAGCAAAGGUCUCGGUUAAAGCUGAUAACGUUACUCCGAGUGCUCGCGGGACACCGUCAGUAUUUCUCAGGACCUCUGACUUGAUCCAUCAUGAAUUUCUUCCUGGAGACCAUCCAAGUCCUCCUGCUGUCCAUCUGGUACAAUGUGGAAUCUUUCAUCCACCUCUUCGUGCCCAAAAGGAGGAAGAGCAUAACCGGGGAGGUGGUGCUGAUAACGGGGUCCGGUAGCGGGAUCGGCCGCCUCAUGGCUCAGGAGUUUGCGGCUCUCGGCACAGUGCUGGUUUUGUGGGACAUCAACCAGGAUGGGAUGAAGGAGACCGCCAGGCUGGCCAUGGAGAGCGGAGCCAGCAGAGUUUACCACUACCUAUGUGACUGCAGCGACAAGAACGAGGUCUACAGAGUGGCUGACCAGGUGAAGCGAGAGGUGGGUGACGUCACCAUUCUGGUGAACAACGCUGGCAUUGUGACGGGAAAGAAGUUCAUGGACGCCCCCGAUUCCCUGAUUGAGAAGACGGUGGAGGUCAACACCAUGGCUCACUUCUGGACCUACAAGGCCUUCCUUCCUGCCAUGAUCGCCAACAAUCACGGCCAUCUUGUCAGCAUUUCCAGCUCUGCUGGACUCAUAGGAGUCAAUGGAUUGGCAGACUACUGCGCCAGUAAGUUUGCAGCAGUAGGUUUUGCAGAGUCUGUGGGACUGGAGCUGCUGGCUACUGGGAAGGAUGGCAUCAAGACCACCAUUGUGUGCCCGUACUUCAUCAACACUGGAAUGUUCGACGGAUGUCUAACCAAGUUUCCAACACUGCUGCCAAUCCUGAAUCCAGAGUACGUGGCUAAGAAGAUAAUUAAUGCUGUGCUCACAGACCAGGUCUUCCUGCUGAUGCCCAGGAGCAUGUACCUCAUCACUGCUCUCAAGAACGUCCUCCCCAUGAAGCAGGGCAUUCUGCUGGGCCAGUACCUGGGAGCCUUCAACCUCAUGGACACAUUCAAGGGACGCUCAAAGAAACAGGAGUGAGCGAAGGAGAGAAGAGGUGGAGGAGGAGAAGGAGAAGAAGUCAAGGGUGACUGACAUGGAAGGAGGCACAUUUUAAUCUUAAUGUUCCCAUAAUAAUACAGAUUAGGGCAGAACAGCAGUGGCCAAAAAUUGGAUUGGAAUUGUAGACUUUACCUCCUCUUUCAUUUCAAUGGUUCAGUCUCUCUAUAUCUCACAGUGUAUAAUCCAUCUUUAAUAUCCUUUAUGUACUUGUUUUUAACUGGCAUUGUCAUUCGUUGAUUUUAUGUUAUUUUAUUUAUAAUUAUAUUAUAAUUUGUAAUUGAAUAGAAAUAUUAUUUCAAUUAUAAAUAAUGUCCUCUUAAAUUCAGCCAGCCGGCGUUCCUAGUUUUUUCGUGCUCAUUGAGAAUCAAUCCUGAUGAUGGCAUCCACAAAAAAGUCAAUCAAACUCACUGACAGCGAGGUGGAAACAUCAAGUCAAAGUGAACGUCCCUUCUCUACAUCUUUAUUAUGUGUCUGUUUUUUGUGGUGUGGCCUUCCAUAGGAAGUGCCAAACCAUUGAAACUGAAACCGGAGCCUCAAGUACAGCUGCUUCAUAAACGGUGACAGAUGGAAACAAUACAGAGUGGGGUUUUAAAGGAAUCUCUGCUUGUAGGAGGAUAGGUCCCAUUGUUCUCUUCUGUUCAUGACUGGUAGAAUAACAGUGACAGUCUUCCAAUGUUGUCUAACUGUAGAAAGGACUCAUUGUCUUUUAGAUAUCAAAAAAUACAAAGAUCCAGCAUUAUUGAAUGCUUUUUUAUCAUUAGAAACAGCUUCUGUCUUUACCACAACAGAAUCCGGUUUACUGUGCAUGAUGCCCAUCAGAACCCUGAUCAGACAGAGCGCUUUUUUGCAGUUUUCUGUAUUUAAAAAAAAAUGUGUAUUGUUGCCAGGCAACUGCCAAAUGAGUGCUAACAUUAAGCUCAACACAAACCAUGAACUGUACGACACCUAAUAGUUAAAAGUUUGAGUUAAUGAAAACCAUUCACCCGAACAUCCUUCUGUUUUCUGUUCAGAUAAGAGUAGCUAUAGUCGGUAUUCAGUAAAAGUCACCACAUUGGCAUCGCCUUUCUGCUGAGUCAAAUGAAAUCAAAUGGAGGCGUUCAGGACGCACCUGCAAAUACACAAAGCGCGAAGAGCAGAAAAACUCCAGGCGCUCAGCAACUGCAUAAAGCAGCUCACAAAACGCUUCAGUCUUAUUUUAGACGAAGACAAAAACACGCUCUGUCUGAUAUAUCAAUAUACACUUCUUACAAAAACUGGAUAUUUUUUGAUAACGUAGAAAAGAAGACACUGCGCUGACAUUAAGUAAUAUUCUGUUAAAGUGUCAUAUUAGCACUGCUGUGAAUGUAGCCAUAAUAAUAAUGUCUGUGGGGUUUUAGUUUUGUUGUUGCUAAGUGUUUUUCAGUCCACAUCAUAUCAAAUGUAAAAAAAACAGGCUCUUGUACUCAGGAACCGUGAACUAAAAUAUUUUAGAUAUCUGAUACCUCACCUUAUACAGUUUGGACCACUUAAAUGUUCUCAUUGUUAACAUGUUAGCUGUUAUUAGCUAGCAUUGUAAUAGCUAGCCACAUACUAGCAUGACACAGCUAGCUAGAGUGGAGUUGGGCUGCUUUUGUUUUUCUUAUAUUUUCCCCAUAUUCCUGUUGCAGAGUUAAAAAGCUUUGAGAUUAGCACAAAAAAAUGCUAGUUGACCUUUACCUACAUCCGCUCCCUCUUCAUUCCUCUUUUUUUACCUCAGGGGUCAUCUAGCUAAUGCUAAUUUAAGAAGCUUCAAAGCUCUUUGGUUUACUAGCAGCACUUCUGGUUUAUGAAGACAGUAUUGUCUCACUGGUAUGUUCAGCAGGAUUUGUGUCGGUUUCCUUUGGAUGAAAAAAAAACUUUCCAAACCUGAAGUCUUAAGUUUUUGAAGUACUAUGCAUUUAUUUUGCACUCAAAAUAUUUUCAUUUCCACAUUAGUGGACCUGUCAUUUACCACCACUUUCAGUCUGUAACGGUGAUAUUAUAAAGGUUAUAAUAUAUAUGAGUACAUAAACUUUGCAUUAAUUAACGAUGUUCCAUUAAUUAAUAUGUAAUAUGUAACUGAUUGCCAUCAUAUGAAUGUAUAUCAUUUGUAGUUGAUGUUUUUUAUAUUGAACACAACUUAAAUACUCAUCUAUCUAUAUGGAAUAGGUUUUAAUUAAGAGUAGCAUAUUUUGCCUUAAUCAAGAAAUGAAUGAAGAAAGAAACACGUGGAGAUAUAUGUAUCUAAAGGUACAUUGGGCUGCAUCUCAGAGCUGUCUAACAGUUUGAGUGUAAACUUCCUGGAACUGCUUGAUAAUUUUGAUCAAUAAAUUCCCAUUUCAAAUGUU